CUACAUCCAUUGAUUUAAUAUCCACUAUAAUGAUAAACAACAAUCCGUUUCAUGUUAGGAUUGAAACGGAUGGCGGUAAAUUCGGAUUUACCGUUGGUAUUGACGUUAUUGUUAGUUUGUUACAUUUAGAGCCUGGUUGUUUUUUGAUAUUUACAAAGUAUUUUGGUAAUGAUUUUAACUUAAAAGUAUUUGGAAAAAAUUGUGUUGAAAAGAACUUUCUUGAUGUAGACGUUGAUGUGCCUUUAGUUCCUCCUAUUGAUGCUGUGAAUGAAAUUUAUGAACAACCACAUAGUCGUGUGUAUCGGUUUUCCCGUACCGUUGGUACCGAUUUUAUCCUUCCCGAUCGUGUCUCUGAAAUGGCCAAACUUAAUAUUUGUUUGAAAGAUAUAACCGUCAGACUUUUGAAUCUGGAACCUCCAGUUCAGUUUACCAAUGGUACAAGACGUGAAAGGACACAUAAUGGUUUUCGAUAUGCGUUAAGGAGAUGGUCUAAGUUCAUGAAAACUGCUGGAAUUAAGGUCCGUGACACCGUUGACUAUUGUUUUGAUGAAAAUGAUCAAGUGCUAAGUGUUGAAAAGGUUGUACCUUACGUUAGUGGUCGUAUUUAG